CUUUGUUUUUACAGUAUUGUGAAAAUGAGAGAAAAGGUAUUCUGCUGUGUAAUUGCUGCACUGCUUGUGGCAACUGUAUGGGCUGCACCCCAUGAUGGCCAUGACCACAGUGACCAUUCGACCGACCACCACCACCAUCUUCAUCAUGGGAAAAAUGAACCUCACCCCAGUCAUGAGGGCAAUGAUGCCUGCCAUCUACUUGCUCCACACAAUGCUGAUUUUGCCUUUGCUCUCUACAAGAAACUGGCUUUACUUCCCGAAAACCAGGGCAAGAACAUUUUCUUCUCUCCUGUUGGUAUCACCAUGGCUUUGAGCAUGCUGGCUGUGGGUGCCAAGAGUGACACUCAUUCCCAGAUAUAUAACAGUCUGGGUUACAGUAAUUUGCAACCUCAACAGGUCAAUGAUGGUUAUGAGCACUUGCUCCACAUGCUUGGACACAGCCAGGAUGCUAUGCAGCUGGAGGCUGGUGCUGGUGUGGCCAUCAAAGAAGACUUCAAAGCAAUUGAUCAAUUCCUUAAGGACAUUCACCAUUACUAUAGCAGUGAAGCCUUCAGUGUUGAUUUCUCCAAGCCUGACACUGCAGCACAAGAGAUUAACAAGUUUAUUGCCAAGAAAACCCAUGACAAAAUAACAGAUAUGGUGAAGGACUUGGACCCAAGCUCGGUGAUGAUGCUGAUUAACUACAUGUACUUCAGAGGAAAAUGGGACAAGCCAUUUGAUGUAAAGCAGACACACAGAGCUAAAUUCCAUGUGGACAAGAACACCACAGUAGAAGUAGACAUGAUGAAGAGAAAUGGGCGCUAUGACAUCUAUCAGGACCAUGAAAACCACAUUACAGUCUUGAUGGUACCCUACAAAGGCAAUGCUUCUAUGAUGAUCAUUCUUCCUGAUGAUGGCAAGCUGAAGGAGGUGGAGGACUUCAUCUGCAGACACCAUCUAAAGAACUGGCAUGAAAAACUAUUCAGAAGCUCCGUGGACCUGUUCAUGCCCAAAUUCUCCAUCUCUGCAACAUUCAAGCUGAAAGAGACUUUGGAGGGAAUGGGAAUAGUUGAUGCGUUCAGUGACAAAGCAGAUUUCACUGGAAUUACAGAGGAGGUCAAAGUCAAGGCAUCACAGGUUGUCCAUCAAGCAGUUCUCAGUGUUGAUGAGAAAGGCACUGAGGCAGCAGCUGUAACUACAAUAGAAAUAAUGCCAAUGUCCCUGCCAGACACUGUGACCCUCAACCGGCCUUUCUUGGUGUUGAUUGUAGAAGAUAGCACCAAGAGUAUCCUCUUCAUGGGCAAGAUCUACAAUCCAGCAGAGUGAUGUCCUUCUUCAAGCAAAACCUACUACCUAUCUUCAUAAGCCUGCUAAUCUUUGUAAAGAUCUCAUUGCAAGCCACAAUAAAUGUUUAUAAUGCUAGUCAAAUUAGUUGCCCAAAGUGUAAUAUUUCAAUUUAUUAUUUAAUCAGUUAAUAAGCAUUAGCAGAGCAAUUUAUAACAGUCAUAUGGGUUCUGUUGGUUGAUAAGGGCCCUUCAGUGCUUUCUGUUGUUGGCUUACCUCCUUUGCUCAGGUGUCAGGUGUUUUAACCUUACAACACUCAUGUUUUGCUGUCUAUAUCCAGUGGCAUUUACUUACUAGACUACACAGAAAUUGUAUUACUUAUUUUAAUUAAUGACAAUAUUUUACAUGCGUUCAACCUUGUUGUUUUGUUGUCAAUUGCAUUGAGAACAAAUGUAUUAAAAUAAAACUGAAUAAUCAAAUUACA